UUUCUCUUCGCAAGCUGCCCCUUCCUCAGGAAAAGACAUGAAGAGUCCCCUUGUCCUCAUAGUGCUGCUCUCCUUAGUAGUGGCAAAGCUAUGCCAUGCUUACUGCCUCGGGUCUCAGGAGCAACAGAUGCCCAGCGGACUCCAAACAAAGAAGAGCACAGAUCUCUCUAAGGUAUCCCCAUCCUUGCUCCGGCGAUUGUAUGACGGCCAAGGGAUUUCCUAUGAGGCUCUGCUCAGACUGACAGGCAAGGAAGAAAUCAGUCCCCAGGCACUUGCCCCCUCCCAAAAACGGGACAUGCAUGACUUCUUUGUUGGACUCAUGGGCAAAAGGACCACAGAGCUUGAUGAUCCCACAGAUGGGAACAAGGGGACGCUCCCUGGCUUUGGCGACCUGAAGUACUCAUCAAAUGCAGAAUAA